GUUGAAAGCAAGUCGUUUUAACAUGUUCAGAACAAAAGUUUUAACCCCCUGCUGUCUUCCAUCUGUAUUCCUCAGAGGAUUGCGAUUGCGAGGGUCUAUGAGAUGGAAGCACAGUGCACUUGUCGAGGAUGUGCAUGCAGACGCGCCUUUCCGUAUACCACUCAUAGAUUUCUCUUGCAUUCCGAACUGUCGUCAAGUCGCGGAUGAUAUAGUCGACGGUUUCAAGGAAGUCGGAUUCAUCUACCUGACAGGCCAUGGCAUACAACCGGAUGUGAUUGAGAACGUAUACAAGAAGAGUGCAGAGUUUUUCAAGCUUCCACAGCAUAUCAAGGACCAAGUAGCCUGGGACGAUCCCCGAGCAAAUCGUGGUUAUGUCAAGGUUGGUAGGGAGCGCGUCACGCAGUCUUCUGAUGCGGAAGAGAUAGCAGCUCUGCGCAAGAAAUCACCGGACAUGAAAGAGACCAUGGAAAUUGGUCGCGACUGGGAUCCUGUCUGGAAGAACAAGUGGCCUAAAGAGAUUGAUGUACCUGGCUUCAAGGACACCAUGCUUCAGUUCUUCCGGACAUGUCAUGAGCUACAUACAGUUGUCAUGAGAUCCGUUGCACUAGGAUUGGAUCUUCCGGAAGAUUUCUUUGAGGAUAAGAUCAACCAACAAUCCCAUAAUUUGAGACUGCUGUCAUAUCCCCCUAUGCCCGCCAGGCUUCUCACUCGAGAAGGACAGGCAAGAGCUGGCGCACACUCUGACUACGGGACAUUGACACUGCUUUUCCAAGAUUCUGUCGGAGGCUUAGAAGUCCAGAAUCCCCGCACGCAAGAUUUCCAGCCGGCGCCACCUAUUCCAGGUACAGUGGUCGUUAAUGCAGGGGAUUUGCUUGCUCGCUGGAGUAAUAAUACCCUCCGGUCCACUUUACAUCGGGUAGUGGCUCCCUUUACUUCGAUGAGCAACACAGGUGCCGCGGGAGGAAUGACGCCAGCCAGGCAGUCGAUUGCUUUCUUUUGCAAUCCAAAUUUCGAUGCUAUCAUAGAAUCCCUGCCAGCUUGUGUCAGCACCAGCAACCCAAGCAAGUAUCCUCCGGUCACCACCGAGCAGUAUAUUGUGAGGCGCCUGGCCGAGACCUACGACUAAUGACACUCCCUGAUAGCCUACCGUCGUUCCAUGAUCCAUCUAAAUAUUGGUAUUUUUGUUCUACAAUACUUGCGUAAAGCCUUUCAUGCUUAGCAUACUUCUCUUCAUAUGCAAGUCCUACCUGUCCCAACUUGAACGCACACAAUUGAUAGAGUUUGUGG